UUAUACUGGUGAAAAUUUCCUUGUACUUCGUGGCAUAGGCAAUGAGGCAGUCUCGGUGCGCCAUAGGGCCACUAGUUACCUGAGAGGCGCGGCAAUCUUCGCCUCGCUUCACUGCUCCGGCUUCCGUUGUCAGGAAAAAACUAGGAAAGGUGGAACAAACUGACAAUGGAGCUUCCACUUGUCUGUUAUACUGUAGUAGGACCGCUCUUGCUGUCUGUAAUAUGGAUGCGCUACAAAGGCUUGGAGUAUGUCAUCAUUAAUUACCGAUGGUUGUUCGUCUGCAUUUUCCUGCUUCCAGUCUCUGUAGUCUACGAUGUCUUUAUGUAUGUACGGAACAAGAUUGUCUUCAGGCUCAAUUCUGCACCAAAACAGCAUGAAGCGAGAGUGCGAAAAGUACAGGAACAGGUGAAGAAGUGGCAGGCAGAUGGCUGUCCUACUCAAAUGUGCACUGCUCGCCCAGGGUGGUCCAAUGUCAGCUUCCGCAGGGGGCUGUAUAAAAAGCGUCUACGUAAUAUUGACGUCAACCUUAUUGAUAUUCUGAGUGUGGACACAGAACGUCAGGUGGUUUAUGUGGAACCCAUGGUCACCAUGGGCCAAGUGACGGCCUGUCUGAUCCCCCUGGGGUGGACUUUGCCAGUGUUGCCAGAACUAGAUGACCUUACAGUGGGUGGACUGAUUAUGGGAGUAGGUAUAGAGACAUCGUCCCACAAGUUUGGACUAUUUCAACAUUGUUGUGUGACAUUUGAGGUUGUGCUGGCUGAUGGCAGUGUGGUCAAAUGCUCCAAGAAUGACAAUCCAGACCUGUUUUAUUCAAUUCCCUGGUCAUAUGGCACCCUAGGAUUCCUGGUUGCCGCAGAGAUUAAAAUUGUGCCUGCUAAGAAGUUUGUGAAGAUAGAUUACAUGCCUGUGCACACUCACCAAGACAUUCUCAGCACCUUUAAGCGAGAAACAGAGAAAUCCUCGGGUAAUGAGUUUGUGGAGGGUUUGGUGUACUCCCUGGAUGAAGCUGUCAUAAUGACUAGUAACAUGACAGAUGAGGCUGAGCCAGCUAAGGUGAAUUCCAUUGGACAUUUCUGGAAGCCAUGGUUCUACAAGCAUGUUCAGGGUUACUUGAAGGAUGGACCAGGAACAGAAUACAUUCCACUCCGCCACUACUACCACCGGCACACUCGCAGCAUCUUUUGGGAGUUAGAAGACAUCAUCCCAUUUGGCAACCAUCCAAUUUUCCGUUACCUGUGUGGAUGGAUGGUCCCACCCAAAAUAUCUCUUCUCAAGCUGACCCAAGGGCAGACAAUCAAGGAGCUCUAUGAGCGUCACCAAGUUAUUCAAGACAUGCUUGUGCCGUUGAAAGAUCUUGGCCAAUCACUUGUUUGCUUUCAUGAGGAACUUGGGUUGUACCCACUGUGGCUGUGCCCAUUCACACUGUAUGCCCAGCCUGGUAUGGUGCAUCCUGCUGGAGACAAAGAUGAAGUGUAUGUUGACAUUGGUGCCUAUGGCUCCCCCAAGCAGCCACACUUUUCCACUAUACCCUCUACCAAGAAACUUGAAGCUUUCGUCAUAGAGAAGAAAGGUUUCCAAAUGCUGUAUGCAGACUCUUACUUGUCUCGGGAAGAUUUCCGCAGGAUGUUUGACCACUCUUUAUAUGAUAGAAUUCGUCAAAAGCUGGACUGUCAGAAGGCAUUUCCAGAGGUUUAUGAUAAAGUAAACCGCAAAGUACGUGAUUAGGGUUUUAGCGAUUUGAUUUCUAAGAUCGAUGAUGCACACAAAUGCUAUUCCCUGUCAACAUGUAAUCAUUGUGCAGCUGUUUGCUUCUAACAUAUGAUUUGCAAGAAGAGAAUGUGGUAUUUUUCUGUAGUUUUGAAGCAAAAUUUGGAAUAUUGCAUUUAAAUCAGCAGCUGUGCACCAUUAUUCUGUCAUUUUCACGGGUGUCAAUAGGGGAAAAAUGUCCAUCUUGACUUUUUUUUUCUCAGCAUGGAUCUCUAUGCUUAGAGGUGAGGAACAUAUGUAUGUGGUGCCUAUUACCUUACCAUCACUCCCUUCCUUGAUUAGACCACUCAUUUAUGUGGACAUCAGAAGUUUGGUGAUAGUUCUCUCCACUAGACUCUGACAGGACUAAUUUUGAAAAAUUGUUUUCACCAAAAGCACAAUGUCAGCACAUUUUACACAAAUAAGUAUGUGUUGUCUUUUUUUCAUAUGGUUCUAAUCAAAAUUUGUAAAGGACAACACAAGCGCUCAGCAAAAUUUGCAGGAAGUAAAGCACAAAGUAUCACAAAAACAAAUUUCGGUGCUAUUUUAUGACAAAGGGCACCAGAAACAUUUGUUUGUCUUAAUCACAUCUGGAUUUGUCAAGAAAACAAAGUGAUAAAAGGAAAGUAUUUCUAAAAAUACCAUCAUCUGCAUGAGCUAAAUUCAAAGAGGAAAGAUGUAAUCCUCGGUAAAAGAAAACAGACCAGGACACGGUGUGCUGUUGCUGAAGUUCUCUUCAACAUUUAUAGUUUGUACUCGUUUGAGGAAAUCCUGUCUAUAAAUGCCAAUGGAUAAACUUUGUUCAGAGAUCUACUUUGUUCAAACAUGCCGUGCAUCCCCGCACUGUACUCAAGAAUUUGCUCAAAAUUGUUAUCCAGCCACUUAUACAGUCCAGGCAAAUCUUGGAUUUGAAAAUUAAGCAUAAUUAUGGACUUGUAUUUUGGGAAUUAUUAUUUUAAAAGGAACUUAACCUGAUCAUAAAGGAAAAAAAUGUUGCACUCAUGUUGUCUUUAAGGACCAAUUUCUGAAAAUGAGACUAGCAGUCUCAGCUGCCACAUCUGCCAUCUUGCCACUUUUGGAACUAUGUCAGCGUCGAUUUAAUGCUGAUGACUUGCAAUUGCAAAUUAAUGAAUUUUUAUGUUGAUUGAUUCUUAUGACCCUCAUUGUAAGGGUUGGAAUCAACGUUAGUGCGUAAUUUGACAGCUCAAUAUUUUCUGCCAGGUUCUGUGUGCUACCCCUAAUCAGAGAUCUAAACAGAUUCUACUCAAAAUCGUCUUCCCGCUCGCGCCAAACCCUUCGCAUGCUUCAUGUGCGGAAUUUUUCCCCCUUUUUUUUAGAUGUUGCGUCUCUAGCUGGUUGCUUGCCGAUAUGUUUUGGUCUGUGUCAGUAUGCAUUAUACACAUUUUGUAUGUUUGAAUGUGCUCAAGUGUUUUGUAUUACGAAAAUGUUUGUAAAGUGCAUAGAGUCCACUGAAAUCCGCUAUAUAAAUCUGUUGUUAUUGAAUAAGCAUUUUUAAGGCCUUAUUUUGUCCACCCCCAAAUUUACAAUUCUGUAAGGACCAUACGAACCCUGGUUUAGUUUCUGUUAGCACCUUUAGAGAUCUCAACUGAAUUUUACGUAUACAAUGCCAGAUCUUCAGCAAAAAACUGCUUGCUAUGUACAAGAGCAGAAAACUGUCGCAGCCCUCUUGAAUGUUUUGUUACAUGGGUAUUUUGCUGCUGUAUUCUUUUAUGCAUGUGCUUCAAAAAUUUUGCUGUCCUAUGAUGACCGACAAUAUUCUUGGUGUCAAGUUUGAAGCUCGUUGGGGUAGAGCAGCUUGUUGGGGUUGAGCAUGCUAUGAAGCUCCAUUAAAUGCGAGUACUUUGUGAUACCAACACUGGAUAUCUAAAGCUUGCAGCAGCUUUGAUACCCAGAAUCCAGUUCUUGUCCAUUCUGCUAGGCCCUCCGAUCAAAUGCAUUACAUGCAUGGCUCCUUCUAUUGAUAUUUGUCUUGUUUUCACAUCGUCGUUUUUUUUUUUUUUUUAAUUCAAACAGGUAAAAUAAUACUCUGCAAUACUUUGCGCAUUGGUCAUAAGACAACUGCAGGUGAUUUGUAAUGAAGAUUGUUACCUUUAUAUAACAUGCUUAGAGUGAUGCAAUUAUAUCAUUUUACUGCUGUA